AUGGCAUCGCCAUUUUACAGUGGCCAAGAUAGUUUUUACUUCAACAACUUUACCAAGGACUUCACUGAGACUAAACAUCUGAGUGUGAAGAGAGGAGUUGACAGCUGUAACCUGACCAUCUCCAAGACAGAGUCAGGGGACUCAGCUACAUACUACUGUGGUGGUAUGGAAAUGGGUGAAGUCAAAUUUGGAGAAGGAACUUUUUUGAUUGUCAAAGGUAACUUAACUUCCUUCCGUAAUAUUGGAUUUUCAUUUUGCACCAUCAAAUAAAAUUUGGCGAUAAAUGAAUAUACCAGGUCAAUACAAUUUACACACAAUUAUCUUACUCCGUCACUCCCUUCAGGUUCAGAGUCCAAAAGCAUGUCUGUGCUACAGCUGCCUGUGUCUGAGUCAGUCCAGCCAGGAGACUCUGUUACUCUGAACUGUCUAUUAGUUCAGACAUGGCUCAGGAGUAUCGCAUCCAGGAAGCAUUUACACACAUGGGGACAGUGUCUGCAACCUCCCGAAGAGGAACCUCAGCCUCUCUGAUGCUGGGACUUACUACUGUGCUGUGGCCUCAUGUGGGGAGAUACUGUUUGGGAAUGGGACCAAGCUGGACAUUGACCGUAAGUAAGUAAUAUAUCUGACAUUUCUGAUAUUGUCUGACAGUGCUGUGAAUUGGUUUAGCAAACUGCUGUCUGUAUUUCCACAGAAGGUGGCAAGGAAGAACAUCUUAUGUUGGUGUACUGCCUGGGUCUCUAUUUCAUCUGGAUAACUGUCCUUGUGUCCAUCAUGUACAAGAUGAGCAGGAGAUAA